AUGAGGAGUGGAAGAGGAAUACCCACAUUAUCACAGCUCAAUACUGCUAUCAAUCAGGACAAAGAUGUGUCUGAUACUUUAUCACCGGAUUACGACAGCAAAGGAAGCUCAAGUGGGUGCGAAGGUGGCAACUUUCCUAUGUAUAUCGCCAUUAAUGAGUAUUUUAAGCGAAUGGAAGAUGAACUAGACAUGAAGCCCGGUGACAAGAUCAAAGUAAUAACUGAUGAUGAAGAAUAUAAAGAUGGUUGGUAUUUUGGUCGUAACCUAAGAACUAAUGAAGAGGGUUUAUAUCCAGUAGUCUUCACUCAGAAGAUAACGGUGGAAAAGGCUCCGACUUUGAUGAGAGCUAAGUCUACGAAGAGGGUUUAUAGUCCCUUGACAAAUGAGGAUCCUCUUAUUUCUAGCACUUUCAUAAAUGAGAACGAUUCAAACAGUGAACUGCCCACUCCGCAACCAUUGGAAACUGCAGCCUCUAUUUCAAGAAACACCAAUGGCAAGCUCGAAAGAAACCUAUCUUUAAAAAAUACAAUGUGUGACAUAGACAAUGCAUUACGUGAGUUGAAAGAUGAUCACAUGAGGCCAGCGGACCGUUCUGUUGAUUCGAGUAGGGGUGAAGAACAUAGUAUAACCCACGAAACAAUUUUAUCAUCGACCGAUGAGCUGGACGUUGUAGAGUCGAACAGUAAACCAACAAUCAGUGCUUCCACGGGGCUGAUGAAUGGCAAUUUGGAAAAACAAACAACUUUGAUUAACGGCAUUGAUACUACAAAACUGAACCCUGUAGAAGCGGAGCUCUGGUCGCCUGAAGAAAUAACUGCUUAUUUUAUUAUGGAAGGAUACGAUGUCCAAUCUGCUUCCAGGUUCCAAAAACACAAAAUAUCGGGCAAAAUCUUAUUAGAGUUGGAACUAGUUCAUUUGAAAGAGCUAGAUAUAAACUCUUUUGGUACAAGAUUUGAAAUUUUCAAAGAAAUCGAAAAUAUUAAAGAAGCAAUUAGAACUAAUGGCCGUUCUUUGAGUGGAGGUAGUAAACCCAACAACGCUGGCAUUUAUAACCAAUUAAUGCCUCCCGCAAACGUUGACCAGAGGGCUUCUUAUAGGGGCCAUGUUAGAGACACUUCGCAGUCAUUAGAGGACCUUCCAUCACAACAAACCUUUCCUCCUACUCCCAUUAAUAACAGAAACUCUUCAGCAUCGAAGCACCGGCCAAAAUCUCUAGUUUUCGAUUCACAAGAAUCAAAUGCUGGUGCCACUCCAGAAGUCCAAAUUCCCCAAGUAGUAGAAGAAAUGGCUGGGAAUGAACAUUUGUUUGUUUCUCCCAGAAGGGCACCAAAACCACCUUCUUAUCCUAGCCCUGCCCAACCUCCAAAAUCACCACUAUUAAGUAAUACAAGGACUUCCCCUUCUACUACUCAACCAUACUCAUGGCAAUCACCUUCAUCAUCUUACUCGGGCUCUAGAAAGACAUCUUAUCUUGAUCAAUGUUCCUCGUCAAAAUCCAAUAACAAUUCCUGUUUACCAGUUUCCAAAAAUAAUCAAAUGAGUGGGAAGGCGUUAUCACCUAUUCCAUCCCCUACCCGUAUGUCCGUUACAGAUGUUGCGAAUGAUGAUAAAGACAGGAAGCCAACAUUGAAUAAUAGAAAUUCCGUAAUUUACUGUGGGCAUGCUCCUGAAUUUUCUUUGAACAGAAAAUCCUCUUAUUCCAGUGAUGAGGAAGAGCACUUUCAAGAAACAGUAAAUACAUUUGAAAGACCCACUUCCAGUAUAUAUGCAGAUGGGUCCACUAUUGCAUCAAUGACUAAUGGCGAGUCAACACGUGAUGAGGAGAGGAAGAAACCAACGAGACACUCUUCCUUAUUGUCUUCUAAAUCAAAAAGUGAUUCCAGGAAAAACUCGUCUUUAAAGAGAAAUAGUAGUGCAUCGCGAACGAGUUCAUUUAGAAAAAGUUCCUUUAUGUUAAGUCCAUUUAGGCAACAAUUCACUGAUAAUGCAGUCCGCUCUUCACCAAGCCCUGAAGAAAAUGCUAUAACUUCAACGCCAUCGGCAAAAAACAGCUCAUCACCAACCAAUAAGAAAUCCUCCAAGAACAGCAAGUCAAAAAGAAGAUCAGUUAGCGCAAAGGAAGCUGAUAUUUUCACGGAAACUGUGAAAGACGAUACAAACAAGAGGUCUAUGAGCGAAGCUGUCAAGGGUGAAACUGUCAAGGGAAAAAGUUUACGUCAAAUGACCACUAGACCUAUAGCAAAGAAAAAACAAACUUCUGCAUUUAUAGAAGGAUUAAGAAGCGUGAGUGUCAAAGAAGCAAUGAAGGAUGCUGACUUUUCUGGCUGGAUGAGUAAGAAAGGAAGCGGUGCUAUGAGCACUUGGAAGACCAGAUUUUUCACACUGCAUGGUACCAGAUUAUCCUAUUUUAGUUCCACUACGGACACAAGAGAAAGAGGGCUUAUCGACAUCACCGCUCAUCGUGUCGUACCCGCUAAAGAAGAUGACAAAUUGGUUUCAUUAUAUGCGGCAAGUACAGGUAAGGGCCGUUAUUGUUUCAAACUAUUACCCCCACAACCAGGUUCAAAGAAAGGCUUGACAUUUACACAACCGCGUACUCAUUAUUUUGCAGUAGAAAGUAAAGAAGAAAUGAGAGGUUGGAUGGCUGCAUUAAUCAAAACCACCAUUGAUAUCGACACAUCAGUGCCAAUCAUCAGUUCUUAUACUACGCCGACGGUUUCCUUGAGCAAGGCACAAGAAAUGCUAGCAGAAGCAAGAGAGGAGACUAUGUUAAGGGAACAGGAAAUGCUGGAAAAUGAGGAAGACGAAGAUCAGUUUUUAUGGGAUCAACAGCAACAGCAACAGCAACUUAAUAAUAGUCAAGGUCAAACAGGUCGUAUAAUAUCAGCGUCAACGCAACGAACUUCCGACGAAGAUAAUACUAUAUCCACUCCCAAUUUGUCUUCCACCACGAAUACGACCAUUGGCUCAAACGGAUUUUCUAGUCCAUUCUUAUUGGCUUCGGGUAUGUUAUCACCUGGAGUGGCCCGUAACAACAGCAUACGUGGAGUAGAUAAGAAGGGCAAAUCCAUAACGGAAGAGGACUACUUCGGGGACGGUUCAAAGCACAAGACUGACAAAACAUAA